AUGAUUUCAGCUCCGCUGCUGCUCGGCGGGCUUAUCGGCCUGGCCGGCGCUCAAUUCCCACCGAAGCCGGACGGGGUCACGGUGCUAAAGUCUAAAUUCCACGAAAAUGUCACCAUCUCAUACAAAGAGCCGGGAAUCUGCGAGACGACGCCGGGUGUCCGAAGCUACGCGGGCUACGUCCACCUCCCGCCCGGGACUUUGGAUGAAGGGACCGGUGAAGUCCAGGACUACCCGAUCAACACGUUCUUCUGGUUCUUCGAGGCUCGAAAGGCUCCCGAGAAUGCGCCUCUGGCGAUCUGGUUGAACGGAGGCCCCGGUGCGUCGAGCAUCAUGGGGCUCCUCGAGGAGAACGGCCCAUGCCAUAUCAACGUGGAUUCGAAGACGACACGCCUCAACCCUUGGAGUUGGAACAACGAGGUUAACAUGCUGUACAUUGACCAGCCCAACCAGGUGGGCUUCUCAUACGACGUGCUCACGAACAUUACCAUGUCCAUGGGCGAGGAGGACUACAUGGAGGCCCACCCGGCCGACUUUAGCGAUGGGGUUCCGGAGGCCGGUAACUGGACUCAUCGAUACGGAACGACCUCUAGCCAGAACGUCUCUCGAACGGCUCAAACCACAGCGCAGGCUGCUCAUUCGCUUUGGCACUUCGCCCAGACCUGGUUCUUCGAGUUCCCCUUCUACAAGCCUGCCGACGACCGAGUGAGCCUCUGGGCCGAGUCGUACGGCGGUCAUUACGGGCCAGGCAUUCUGAAGCACUUCCAGAAUCAGAACGAGCUGAUUCAAAAUGGGUCGUCGCCUGAGAAGGAUGCCCAUUACAUCCACCUUGAUACUCUCGGUAUUGUCAAUGGUCUCAUUGAUAUGGUAAUACAGGCGGAAGCCUGGAUCACGUUUCCCUACAACAACACAUACGGAAUCCAGGUCUUCAACCAGUCCAUCUACGAUGAACUAAUGUACAACUGGACUCGUCCCGAUGGGUGCCGCCAACAAAUCGCAGACUGCCAACAGGCUCUCAAAGAACACGGUCCGCUCUUGAUGAGCCAGAAGAGAAACUUCACGGAAAUCUGCGGCAGGGCAGCGGCAGGCUGCGAAUCCAAUGCCGUGGAGCUGUACCAAACAUUUGGUAAUGGGUGGUAUGACAUCGGCCAUCCCAAGAACGACCCGUUCCCGCGUCCGUACCUUUACGGCUACCUUCUCCAGGAGGAAGUCCUCUCGUCGCUCGGAGUUCCGGUCAACUACUCGGAAUCAUCGGGCGCUGUGGGCAAGGCUUUCGACCACAGCUUCGACAUCAUCCUGGGCGGAUUCGUGGACUCAAUCGGGUAUCUGCUGGACAGCGGGGUCAAGGUUCAUAUGAUGUACGGCGAUCGAGAUUACGCCUGCAACUGGGUCGCCGGCGAGAAAGCGAGCCUCGCGGUCCCGUACAAGCGAUCGGAGGACUUCGCCAGCGCCGGGUACGCCCCGCUGAUGACGCCGGACGGCCUCACGGGGAUGACGCGGCAGUUCGGCAACUACAGCUUCUCGCGGGUGUUCCAGGCCGGGCACGAGGUGCCGUCGUACCAGCCCGUGACGGCGUACGAGAUCUUCAUGCGGGCGACCUUCAACCGCGACAUCGCGACGGGGCUGAUCCCGGUGACGGAUGAGCUGGCGACCGACGGGCCCAGGGACGUCUGGCACAUCAAGAACACGCCGCCCCCGCAGCCGGACCAGCUGUGCUACGUGCUCAAGCCUGGCACGUGUAAGCCCGAGGUGUGGGAGAAGGUCAAGAACGGCACGGCGUUGGUGACGGACUACUAUGUUGUCGGGGAAGCUCUCGACAGCGGCACGACUCAUGGUAACGGAGCUGGUGAACCGCUGUCCGAGGAACUGUAG